AUGUCAAAAAAUGACUCAGCUCAAGAAACGUGUGAAUAUGAAAGUGAUGAUUCUUCAAGUUCAGAAAAAUUAUAUAUAGAUCUAAUACCAGAUGAAGAUAUUAAGGAAUAUGAUCUAACGAAUGAUUCUGAUCAACCAGAAAAUAUAGAUGCUGAAAAUCAAAUACAAACUUCAUUUAUUCAUCUUCCGUCAGAAAUAAUUUUACGAAUCAUUUAUGAGCUUAUAUUGCUAGAGAAACCGAAUCUUCCUAAAACCGCUGUAAUUUCUUUACCAUUAACUUGUAGAACUUUGUGUAGGUUUUCAAAAGAUCAUAUUUUAUGGGAACAUGUAUUCUGUAAAGAGUAUGAUAUCUUGGCAAGAAAACGUCGCUUUAAAAUUUGUAAUUUUAGAAAAAUUUAUUAUAGAAGAUCACGGACAAAUAUUGAUAUGAUGAACUCAAGUCUUCUACAAUUAGAAGGAUGCAAUAUUGGACAAACAUCACCAUCAGAGUCAAUUAUAGGCAAUGUAUUAGAUGUACUAACUAGUUUAUGGAUUCUAGUCUCCGAGAAUGAUGGCAAAAACACCAAAAAGCUAUCAGAUUUCAAAGCAUCUGAAUUUUGCUUCCGGGUAUUUCUUUCAUUAUACAAUAGGAUGGAUACAUCCUUAAAGCACCUGGCUUGUGUUUUUAUAUCAUUAAAAAUUAUUUCAAUACUUUUGGCAUAUGGAUUUGAUCCUAAAUUGCAUGAAACAAUUGUUGAACAAAUGUCAUUAAUAUUAAGAGAACGAGUUAUAAAUUGGAAUCCUAACGAUGAUUCAAUAUUACCUAUGCUCGAAUGUCACGCACUUCACAUUUACUUCUCAUAUUGUGCUAGAGAUGAUUGUAAAAAGCCAAUGUUACCCUCAUCCUUUGCGUUUGAUUCUCGUAAAGCUGAUAAAUGGUUACAAUGGACAGAUAUGGUUGAUAUAUAUGGUUCAAAUAAAAUUUUAUUUUGUCUUCGGAAUGAUGCAUAUGAUUGGCCAAAUGGACCACCUAGUUUAUGGACAGGAUUAUGUACAAAUGAAACAAUUUCGGCUGUUGAAAAAUUGAUAGUUUUAGAUCUAGUAUUUUAUGAAAAUAAUGAAAAUAUAGAUUUGCCUUAUGAUGAUUUUGAAGGGAUUGAAGACGUUGAUAAACCAUAUAAUGAUCAUACAUUUAAUUACAUAUUUAAAGGUGAUCUGAUGGAUGAUUCAGGUAAAAAAAACCAAGUUGAAGGUGAAUCUUGUGUGAUUGAUAAGGGUAGAAGAGUUAAGUUUAAAUGUGCUAGCCACCCAGAAAACGGUGAUAAAAAAAGUCAUUUCUGUGGAUUUAUGACAGCAUUUGGAAUCAUUGGUAGGUAUUGGGAUGAUGAUGCUGCUGUUGAUCGUUCAGGAUUUUUUUGGAUUUGGGAAUGGAUUUAA